AUGGCAACAGCAUACGACGAGCUAACCAGCAACAUCGACCGCCUCAUUGUGAAACCACCAGUAAAAACGAAUUCCAUCAAGAACUUCGACUCAGCCACAAUCACGUUGGACGCAGCAAGUACGCGCGUGAUCAUUCAUCCUCGCUACCCAGAUCUCGUCGAGAAGUUCUUGGCCUACAAGCGGGAGCAUGGAUCCGUAAUCGAGAAGACCCUCUACACUCAGACCAUAACGACGUGGCAAGCUGAAGUACGACGCCUGUUGGAGAAGCGCCCGCUCACUUUCAUGGGCGCCCACGACUUCACAAUCUUGCGAGACGGUACUGAGAUCACCAGCAACUCCACCCUGGAAUGGGACCGCAAUGGGACGCCACUUCAAGACAGGAAUAAGCACCUCAGUCUACAAGACUACCUCAGCUACGACGAAAUUAUGCUCGGCUCUUUACUGGGCGUCAGCGGACCUUCCCACUUCAUCAAUGACGGCGGACGCUACAAUUCUGGUCGAGCUGGUCAUGAAGGCGAAUUCGAGCCUCGAGGCGUGAUUGUUGGUCUCGUCGGUGCUAGAUUCGAGCGAGCGCGAAGGAUGGACAGUCUAUCCUGCAUGCCGCAGGACAACGGAAAGGCUGUCUUCGACAUGGGUCCCGCGCUCCAGCUGUUCUUGGAUUUCUUCGGAAUCGAGGACGAUGGUGAGAUGCAUGGUGAGCAGACUAUCUUCCGCCAUGCUUAUAUUGCGCGGAUGAGGAUCACAAUAGAUAUACUACUGCUUGAAGCGAACCAGCGCGGCAAGGAGGCUGGCAAGAAAGCAUAUACAUACGUGGUCGGCUUAGGCCUGGGCGUGUGGCAACGACAUCAGAUGCAGCCGAAUUGGUACAUACAUGCUUUCGCCGAGGCACUGAAGCUGCUCGACGUGCCACAGAUCAGUACGAUGGAGUUCGCGUGGAUCGGCGACAUACACCCACGAUUCAAGCAAGAAAUGGAGAGCGUGGGCUCCUAUAGGAAUAUCAACGUCAUCUUCAGCAAGCGCAACCCAGCCGAGAAACUCAAGACGGACGAGCUGCUGGUAUUGAGCUACGCUUGGGACGGUAACGCUUUUCCUGGGAAUGAGUACUGGUCUGGCUCACUAGCUGGAUCUGGUGACCCAGCAGCAGCAUGUAUGAGUACUAUUGGUGAACUACACAAUCCACUGGUCAACCCAGGCUUUCUAUCACGCAUCAGGAUCGCGGGUACAGAAGAAGAUAGCUAG